CUGCUUUCAUAUUCACAAAUGUAAAUACUAUUUGUUGCGUGAGCAAUGCUACCACAAUGGAUAAUAAUAGCUAUUCAAUUUGCCGUGCAUUUAACUGGCUUUUUGGGGUACAUCUAUCCAACCAGAAACCCUUAUGGAACAAUAUCAGUGGUAGGACCAGCUUUUGUGAACAGGGAAGUAACAUUGAAACUGACACCGUUUUACCCAUGGGGAUGUGACGUAAAAUGGAAAUACCUUAUGGAUGGUAACACAGCCUUCCAAACAAUGACAGGGACAAAUGUUAAAGUACAUUCGGAAGAUGGGUCAUUCUUUUUAAAAUGGAAGGCUUUAUCUGUAUACAACGGAUCUAACUUUUACGCCGAAUGUUCAACAAACGAAACAGUUAAAACACCCAUGGCAUCUUUAAAUAUGAAAGAUAUUGAUGAACGAUGUGGAGCUCUCGUGAUUCUAAGUCCGGUUGUUCGAGGCACGGAAGUCAAACUUGGAUAUUUUCCCUCUGACCAAUCUUUACAGCGCCAAACUUUCUCUAAACGAACAUGGAAGAAAGAUACGCAGAAUAUACAGCUGCGAGAAGGUUCUCACGAAGAGAAACAACUUUCUAAGUAUUUGUACAUAUUGAUUAUAUUUGACUUCAAAGAAAGAGAUAUAGGAACGUAUACAUUACAUUGCAAUGCAGGUAGCUACACGGACUCUGUGCAGCUUCAUAUUUCAGAGCCACCGAGUUACCCUGUUCUCGGACCAAAGUUUGCUGACUUUAAUACAACAGAAUGUAUUUAUGUUUAUGUUGGCUCCGACCUGUAUUGCAAAACUGAAAAUGGAACAGAGCCUGUACAAGUAACACUUUUAAUUGAUCGGGAGUCAUUUGAUCUUGCUGGAAGUAAAGGGGACAAAAGUUUGUACCGAUUCCAAAACGUUCACCAACAAAUGGCUGGACUUUCUAGACGGACGGUGACAUGUCAGGUUUUAAAUGCAGCCCUUGAAACACCAUACGAAGUGCACAGCAUGUUAUGUAACGUAGAAAAAGGUAGCCUGCCUGUUCUAACAGUUCCUGAACAAGUUCAUGGAGAAAGAUCUUCAUCAAUUUGUGAAGUGCGAAAUGCUUUCCCAGCUCCGGCAAUAGAAAUACGCGUUGACAAAGUCUUGCUAGCAGAUGUUCAACAACUUGAUUCAUUUAAUAGAUCUUCUCAUACGUUUACCAGCACAGCAACGAUAAUGAAGACGAACAAAACAUGGAACGGAAAACAAAUGUGUUGUACCAUGAAAACCAAAUACGAGUAUGGUCUUGAAAAUGUGUCAGAAUGCAAAAACAUCAGUAUGAAAUGUGAUCCGACUUUAAAUCUGAACGCGACAUCACCUGUUGAUUUACUUCCGAACAUAAAAGUGGUCGUAAAAUGUACCGUGGAUGACUGCAAUGCUAAUGGGUUAUGGACGCUUUGGUGGGAAGAUGAACAAAACUCUAUAAUAAAGACUUGUAACAAAACAGAGGAAUGCCUGUUAACACUGAAUUAUACGGGAGAAGGAGAAAAGACGUACAAAUGCAGCACAAAGGAUCUUCUGAACAUUUCAUUGACAGUUUCAAGUUCAAUGAGUGAUGUUAGUCAACCCCAUGAAAAGGACAAUCAGACAUUGUCUUCAACAUUCCCAUUUCCUGUCAAUAAAGUACUUAUUGGAACAGGCGUUUUCUGUGGACUCUGCACCCUCUUUGUUAUCGGAAGAUGUGUAUGUCUUAAACGGCGAAAGGUCAACGAAAUCAACACAAUAGCAAUUGUUAGGCGUCAUAGCGACACCUCGUCGGACAAUGGCAUGCUACAGAUAGCUACGGAAGGAGUCCAGUACGCAGUCGUGCAGAGGCAGGCGGCCAUACAGAGGACUGGAACGCAGCAACCACAUGACAAUGGUCUAACGUACGCCGAGUUGGACAUCAAGUUCCUACAGGAAGCUAACGCAAGAGUUCCGCCAAGAAAAAAUAACACACCGACGGAAUAUGCUGACAUUGCGUUUUCCUCAACACAGAAAUCUGCUGAAGAAGAUCAUGUUUACCACAAUACAUCUGCGUAG